CAUAUUGGUUUACCCACUACACUUUGAACCAAGAACGUCGUCAGGUUGUGAUCUUCGAAAAUGUAAAAUGCAGCAAGGUGAAAAACAAGAAAUGUGUCUUAUGCACUCAAAAGGCUGCCGGCUCUGACGAUUACGUACUCUUGGGAAAGGUAAUAUUUAAAUUAAAUUGAAUCUGGAUUAAUACCAACGGACAAUUUUGAAAAGCUUGAAUAAAACCGAAUUGUGGUGGACAGAGCUAUCCUGUCUUUGUAAAAUUGACCAACUCUUCUGAUAAAAAGUUUUAAACAAUUAUAGAAUUGAUAGAAUUAUAACUGUACAUUAAACAACAACGCUAAUCGAUAUUGGUUAUAUCUUAGCAAAAGUAUCUAAUGUCAGUCAAAUGGCUCAACUCAGGAGUCAGGACACUCUCUAUUCAUUUCAUCAAGUGACCCAUGUUGACCAUGUUCUGAAAGAUUCGCAUAACUUAGGGGCUCUUUACAUGAUGGAAGGCGGGGUGAUUUUGAUGUAUUAAAUAAGUCGCUAGGCUAAACAAAAGAAAGUUCAAAUGCUGGCUAACUGAACUCAAAUGUUGUAGAGAAGAUCUUGUAGUUCAAGAAGAUUAUUAUUGCUGCUUGAAGGACAUUGGCAAUAAAAAAAUAGUUUAGUUCUCCUGAAAGAACUCUUAAAAUUAUAUAUUAAACUCUGUUACCGAUUUGUCAUAUCUUGCUUAGUUCUCGAAAUAUUUAGAUCGAAAUUAAUGAGCUUUCCGCCAUCUUGGAAAAAUUCUUUACCUCAUUAACUAUGGUUUUGAUGACAUCAGGAGUUGGGUUAACCAUAUAAAACUACUCGAAAAUGACCAAAUAACAAUAAAAAAUUGUUUGAAAUGUUUUUAAUCAUUUCUAAAUUUCUGACAGCAACCAGAAACGAAGUUAGUUGAACCCAUAUUGAUCGCUUACUAUCUCAAGAUAAAAAAUUAGCGUGACCCCUCUCUUGACGUAACAUGCAUAUCCUCAAUAAUCAAAGAUGGCGACCAGCUCACUUUUUUCAGCUCAGUCGAAAUAUUUUGAAAACUAAGCAAGAUAUAAACAAUCUGUUAUAGAGUUUAAUAUAUAGUUUUAAGAGUUCUUUUGAAUGAGAUAUACUAAUUUUUUAUUGCCAAUGUCCUUCGAACAACCUUUUGUCCCAUGUUAACCUGAGUAUCAGGCUCUAUUUUACAAAUAGAGCCUGACACAAAACUUAACCUGAUCGCUUUCCGCCCACAGCAAAGUUUAUAUUUAGUAUCCAAUCAAAAUGUCGCAAGAGAAAUUUAAAUUUCACACAACGACAACAACAAUCUAAUUAUAGCAUAGGCGCUCACUAAACGGCUGAAUUUAAAUUAAAACUGCAAUGAACUUAUAAAAUUAACAAAAAUAAUCACAAAUUAGCGAAAUAUAUUGCAAAUGUAGCUUAUAUUAAAUCGCCACCCGAUUGCUCUCUCCUCCGCAGAGGUUUCAGUGAUUACAAUGAGCUUUACAUGGCGCUUGCCGUAUUUAUCAACAAACAGUGACGUAUAAUUAUAAAGUAUAUAUAUAUAUAUAUAUUAAGUAUACUUUAUAACUAUACGUCAGUCGAUAGUGCAAUCUGAUGGCGAUUUAAUAUAAGCUACAUUUGCAAUAUAUUUCGCUAAUUUGCGAUUAUUUUCUAAUUUUACUGCAGUUUUAAUUUAAAUUCAGCCGUUUAGUGGGCCGGCUAUAAUUGUAGUUGUGAUCGUUAUAAAAUAUAUCAACGACAAUAGUAUAAUCUAAUUAGCACCAGCCAAUCAAAUGACAGAUUUAAAAAUCGUUUGUCUAAUCGGCCAAUCAGCGCUCAGUCCAGAUUCUGGACUGAACAAACCAGGCAAAAUGCCACUUUUGUGUCAGGCCGUACUUUUCUCCCCUUCGCCCACGAUCAGGCGUGCCUGUGCCCUAAAAAGUACGGCCUGAUACUCAGGUUAGUCCCAUGUCUAUUCUGUGCUUUUGCUUAGAGUUAACUAAUCUAAGAUAAUGUAGUUUUUUGCUGAAUCGUGAACCGUUACUCAUUUCAAUACAUCAAAAUCAUCCCGCCUUACAUCUUGUCCUGGCAAAGCAGGAUCAUAUAAACAGCCCAUUAGAGCCUCAAGCCUUUGUCAUACAUAUUGGAAAUUUCGCCCCCCCCCCCCCCCAGAAUGGGUGAAUUUAAUAUAGAAAUGUUUCAAAUUAAUUUUUCGCUGCACGAAAUGUAAAAUGAAGAAGAUAGCAUGCGUCUAAUUAACAUGAUGAAUGCACGUCAAAUCUUCUCCGAGAACGCAGAGACUUCAAAUUUGUCUAUCCUUGUUUUUCUUAACUUUUCUAGGUAAUUGAUGAAAUCCCAGAGAGGUUAGGUGACAUAGAUCCUCUGACUGCUUUUCUCAAACGUCCCAAAGCAAUUGGGAGUGAAUUGCUUUUCCUCAAAUCGAUGUUAACAUCCAAGGAAAGGCCACUUUUAGUGGGUUUCGAUGGCGCGGGCCAGCCUAUUCCCAUGAAUAAAGUAAGGAAAUAUUCGUCUGAUUUCCAAGCAUUUUUCAGAAUACUUGAAGCUGGCUAA